GUGUAUCUCACCCCUCAUCUGUCCGCGUCUCUUGGCAAAUGCUACUUCAUCACCGAAGAAGCUGUCUUUCCCGGCAUCAACCACUUUGCCAAUGUCUUGGCAUGCGGCCAGAAGAACCUCCAACGGGGGUCCUUUGGUGUCUUGUCGUGUCUAUCCAGCCACUCAGCGAUCAGAGAGAGAUGCUUUCCGAGAUGCAGGCCCCCGUUCGAAGCUGUCGCGCUGCGUUGCCCGUGCCACCGCCGUCACAAUUGAUCGCAUGUGGUUCUUGUUUGUUCCACUCUCCAAUUGCUGCCCGCAAGCUCUGGGCAGAAGCAAAAAUUUGUAUAUAUUCGCGCGGGUAGCUCCAGGAGCCCGGAAAGAGAAGAAUUGCGAUCGUCAGUAGUAGAAGAAAGUUUUCCUCAAGAACUCUGCGUGGCGCAUACUCAACCGUGGCAUCGUGAAGGCUUAAUUGACUUCUCGCGCAACCUUGACAUCAGAUCGAGCUUGUUUGCGGCCUUUUGAGCUCCCUCUUUUACCUCCCACCUUCCGGACUUCGCGAUUCCCCUCGCUCACGAUGCGCCAGUCUCUCCCGACGCUGGCUCUGGCCUUGGCCGGUGCCGCUUUGGCGGUUCCUGAGAAGGAAGACGGUGACCACCUUUACUCGUCUCGCCUCUCCAAGCGUGGCAUCGACGCCGAGGGCAACUACAACAUCUCCUUCUUCCAUGUCAACGAUGUGCACGCCCAUCUCGACGAGUUCUCCUCUUCGGGCACCGACUGCACCCGUCCCGAGCGCGGUUGCUACGGAGGCUACGCGCGCAUCAAGCACACCGUCGACGAGCUGCGCCCGCAGUACAACGACUCCCUGUGGCUGAACGUUGGCGAUGAGUUCCAGGGCACGCUCUUCUACUCCUUCUACAAGGGCGAGAAGAUUGCCGAGACCAUCAACCAGCUCGGCUUCGAUGCCAUGACCCUUGGCAACCACGAGUUCGACGGCGGCGACGACCAGCUCGGUGACUUCUUGCUGAACCUCACGUUCCCCAUUAUCUCGGCCAACAUUGUCUCCGACAACGAGAAGCUCAACAAGACCAUCAAGCCUUACCACAUCUUCGAGGACCAAGGUCUGGCGGUCAUCGGUGUCACCACCACCACCACUCCGGGCAUCUCCUCCCCCGGCGAGGGCACAAAGUUCCUCGAUGUCGUGAGCACUGUGCAGUCCACUAUCGACCACAUCAAGUCCACCACCAACAUCACCCGCAUCGCCGCCAUCACUCACAUCGGUUACGAGGAGGACCAGAAGCUCGCUGAGCAGACCACCGGCCUCUACCUCAUCAUGGGCGGCCACUCCCACACCCUCCUCGGCUCGAUGGAGGACGCAGAGGGCCCCUACCCCACCGUGAAGCAGAACAAGGACGGCGACGACGUCUUCAUCGUCACCGCCUACCGCUGGGGCGAGUACGUCGGCUACAUCGACGUCACCUACGAUGCCGAGGGCAAGAUUCUCGCCUACCACGGCGGCCCCAUCCACCUCACCAACACCACCGAGCAGGACGCCGCCCUCCAGGCCCAGAUCGAGUCGUGGCGCGGACCCUUUGAGGCCUUUGCCGCCGAGGUCGUCGGCGUCUCCAACGUCGAGCUCGAUCAGUCCCUCUGCCAGAAGCAGGAAUGCAUCCUCGGCAACGUCAUGACCGACGCCAUGUAUGAGUACCGCCUCAACUCCUCCGCCGACAGCCCGCCCGACUUUGCGCUCAUCAACGCCGGCGGUAUCCGCGCCACCAUUGACGAGGGUAACAUUACCCGCGGCGAGGUCCUCACCUCCUUCCCCUUUGGCAACUCCAUUGUCGAGAUCACCUACAAGGGCUCCGACCUGCGCAAGAUCCUCGAGGGUGCCGUGACAAAGGUCAACCAGUUCAACCAGGAGCCCAUCACCUCAUUCUUCCAGGUCUCCAAGAACAUCAUCAUCGAAUACAACCCGGCCGGCAACAACGGUUCCAAGCUCGUCUCUGUCGAGGUCGGCGGCGAGGCCCUGGACGAUGCGAAGGAUUACAAGGUCGUCACCCUCGACUUCCUGGCCGGUGGCGGUGACAACAUCUUUGUCGCUACCACUGACUUUGUGACCCUUGAUACCCAGGAUGAGGUCCUCGUUCAGUAUGUUGAGGCCAAGAGCCCCGUUGAGGCCAAGAUUGAGGGCCGUAUUGUCGCAACCAACGGCACUGCAGCUACUCCUUCCGGCACUGCCACCGGUACUGGUGCCACCCCGACUUCUACCUCUGGCUCUAGCGGCGCUAGCAUGGUUUCCGUCAGCAUGGGUGCCGUGGGUCUCUCCCUGUUGGCCCUGCUGGCGAUGUAAAGCUGGGAUUGGACAAAUGUGUAAUGUUGUAAUGAUGCGGACGAUGUAGAUGUAUGAGUAAAAAUAAUCAAAAG